CGACGCUGUGGACGCCAGGCCUCGGCUGAUGGAGAUCGGUGACGCCCUAGCAUCGCCCAGAAUCACCGCUAAAAUCUUUACACGCGCAAGGUGUAGAUAGCCCUUCAGAACUGUAGCAACCUCGAAGUGUUGAUGUGGCGCCAGUAGUUCUCCGGAAAAUUCGUAGUUUUCCAUAAAUUUAUCUAGGAAAUUGUUGAUUAUUUUAACUAUGCAGGAAUACUGUCAGAUUAGGGUUGUUAUGAGUUUUUGAUUUGAAUCCGAACAAGAACUGACCAAGUUGAAAACUAAAAAUGGACAAAUGCAUGUCAACAGGUUCAGAUUUUGGAUAUUGUCACUUUUGUUGUUCCUUUAUUUAGCAGGAGUACUGAUUAUCUCUGCUAUAACACUUCAAGAUUCGAAAAAUAAACCUACAAAGCCAAAACCACAAUACUUACAAGUGUCUAAGCUCAAACACUACGAACUCAAUUUCUCAGGGUUCAAGUCGCCUCUACCCAAGUCCAAAAUCAACUGGUGCAAGGAACUAAAGUAUUUAGUACCGCCUAGACCACCUGUAGCCUUAGCGUCAUUCCCAGGUAGUGGUAAUACGUGGGUGAGGUAUCUCUUACAACAAUCUACAGGGAUACUGACAGGUUCAAUAUAUAGAGAUUAUAGUCUUUUGAAAAAUGGCUUUCCAGCGGAAAAUGUGGUUAAUGGUUCAGUUCUACUCGUGAAGACCCACGAGUUUGGACAAAACGCGAAGAAACUUUACUCCAAAGCCAUAUUGCUAGUCCGAUCACCAACGGCUGCAAUACAGGCCGAGUUUAACAGACAGAGUGGAGGACAUGUUGGAUUCGCCUCUCCUUUGAGAUACAAGAGGAGCAAGGGGAAGUCAUUUUCAGCAGAUUGGGAACAGUUUGUCUAUGACAAACUGCAAGCCUGGAAGCAAACAAACCUGGACUGGCUGUACAACUUCACAGGACCAACUCACGUCAUCUUUUACGAACACUUGGUGGACAAUCUGGAGAACAACUUGCGAUCCAUGCUCAAUUUUUUGGAACAUCCAAUUUCUGAAGAACUUUUCAAUUGUGCGAUGGAAAGGAAGGAAGGCAUUUACAGGAGAAAGAAGAGGGCGAUUGUUUUUGACCCUUUCUCUUCGAAGAUGAAGGAAAAAAUAAAAGAAGAACAAGAGAGAGUUUAUGAAGCUAUAUAUAACUUCGCGUCGCCUACCAAGAGAUAAUAUUGAGAAGAAAACUAGUAGUGAUGAAAACGUAGACAAUAAGAAAAAUACAUAUAAAGGAAAACUUUAAUCACGAGAAGUCUGAGUAGAUACUUAAAAAAUAUAUGACUAAAAAAGAGAAACACAAAAACAUUUGCAAAGACGCGAUUUUUGCAGUUUUAGCAAUGCUAUAUUAUCUAAAACAAUAUCGAGUUGAUUUUGAGGAUGAAUACAGGGUGAUCUCAUUGUUUUCACUUGUUUUCUGGGAUGAGUUAAACAUUGUAAAAUGUGUAACUGAUAUGACUAAGAUUUAUUUCUUCGCAUUUUAUAGUCCUUCAUUGUAAGAUAUUUAGGUAUAACAUUGUGUAUAAUGAGAAAUGUUUCAAUUUUUAUUUAGAGUCAAUAUCUGAUUAACUCACCCUGUAUGACCGUGAUUGAUAUUUGUAUGUGGUCUUUUAAAUUUGAUAAGUAGCUCAAUUGAAUAUUCGAUCGUAGUGUAUAUGAAUGUGAAUUCUGUUAAUAAGCUUGUUUGUAUGUAUAUUUGUUAUUCUUAAUGUUGAAAUAUAAUUGAAAAGAUUUGAUCUGUACCUAACAUGAAGUAGGUAUAGCAUGAAUAGUAAAUGUGAACACACCCUAAGAGUGGUAUAAACAUAUGAAAACAUUUUGUAUUGUGCCAAAAUAUUCGCCAGUUUGAUUUAAUGAACGAAAUAGGAUUGAAUGAAAAGGCCUAUAACGGCGAAAUUUUUGGAUUUGUCUAGAAAAAUAUUUAUUCUGGUUUUCUGGAUGUUAUAUGUUGUUUAUACUGAAAGUAAAUUUUUUUAAUUAA